AUUUAAAGCUACUGUUUGUGCAAUAUGCAUCCAUACAAUCUGCGUGCGGCCUUUAUUGUGCAAACGUUUAAACUUUACCAGAGUGCACCGGGUAUCCUUACAGAAACUAGAAGGUGAAGAUGUGAAUAACGGAGCUGAGAUGACUAGCCUUCAUGUUCCAACAAGCUAAGUUGUAAUCCAACUGUCUGAUAUGUGAAGGCGUGGAUGUUAAAUGCGGUUUUAAAUCGCAUUCAUAUUGGGAACGUAAAUAAGUUCAGCAGGGCCGAGCUCAAGUAGUGGCAGUGGCAGCUAUUGCGGCACUUCCGUAUUAAUAUUUGUAGCCUUUGGAGUGUAAAUAUCAACUUAAGUAUACAUGUAUUUUACAGCAAAUAUUUUAAAGUAGACAUCAAUAAGUGUCCAGAAAUUCCAAGAAAAAAAAGUGAACUUUCAAUAAUAUGAAAUUAGAAAAUGUAAAAAAAAAAAAUUAAAAUGUGCAGGAAGAGGUUAUAAAUGUCCAUUUUGAAGUAUUCCGACUUUUAAGUGGAAGUGGUCUGCUGCAAUAUACGAGAAGCUUGUCAAGCAAUCUGUACAUCUCUUUACUUGCCUUGUGUAAGAAGGGUGCUUUCAAAAUGAAACUAGUCUUGCUUUGUGUGACCAGUGAAACAUAGAGGGAUAAGCCACAGAUAUAAGAAGCUUAGCUUUUCAGAACACUGCACAGAGAAAAAUUGUUUCAACAUUUAAUGUUGCCCAACUUUAAAUCCAUUUACUUUUGGCUUAUCUGCCAAUUUGGAAAAGGUUUUGCUCUUUGGAGCUUCAGAGUAUUGUAGGUAUUUGGUUGGGUAUUUAUGACAUCAGAGACCAAGUGAACGCCACAUGAGCCAGAACUCUGUCAGUGCAUGCCUGUAAAAACACUUGUAUAACUGUGUGUGGAAAAGCAACAUCAAGUCUAACGAAUGCAGACGUUGGCAAAAAAAAAAGUUAAAUAAUGUAUGUCUCUCUAGAAACGCUGGAAAGACGAUCUUUAGCGAAAACUGGUGUAAAUCUAGUAACUGUUUUUCCUCUUCAGGACUUUCACUGCCAGCUGUAAAUCAGAACCACAGUAAAUCCCCUCUCCACUGCCAAAAGAAUAGAAAAGAAAAAAAACAAUAACAAUUAUUUUAAAAUCUAACAACAGUACAAUUAAAAUAUGUGUGCAUCUGAGUAAAGUAGAUUACCAUUCCAACAAUUUUAUUUGAGCAAUUGUGUCCUUGAAGUAAAAAAAUAGAUUAAUUUUCCACAGUAAUGUAUUUCACACAUUUAUUUCUGGUAUUUCUUGUAGUAUCAAGAAUUAUGGCUUACAGCUUAUGAAAGGUAAAAAUGUAUCUGAAUACUGCAUAAGACCUACAAAAAAUGAGUUUAAACAGAAUUGUUACUUUAUGUAUGCCUUAGAAAAUCACUAGGGAUUUGGCAGUGUUCCCACCCACAGUAAAUUACACCGUCCACAGGGAUUGUAGGCCACAAACGUUUACAGCUAAAGAAGCCGACUGAUCACGUGUGUUGUGAACAACCAUAUUGUUGAAACAUUCAGUGGAAGGAAAAGGUGCAGGGAUAAACACAGCCUUGGAGGGGUUGUAAAAAAGGAGAACAUGACGGGAAUGUUGUUUAUUGAUCCGAGGUCCUCUUUUCAGACGGCAGAAAUAUUUAUGGCAAAGCCAGAACACAGGACCUUCUGGUGGAGAUUCUGACCUCCACCAGUAAACACAAGCCUUUAAUUAUCCGUCAAAAAUGUCGCCACAGAAAAAACUUCUCGUCCCAGUAAGCAGCAGGCGGAAAGCCGCGGACGACUUCUUCCCCUUUAACUCGCUGCCGGUGGAGUGCCAGCUGCACGUCUUGUCCUUCCUGAACGAGGUGGACAAAUGCAGCUGCGCUCUGGUUUGCCUGAGCUGGAGUUGCCUGGUCCGGUCGUGGAAACUGUGGCGGGUUGCAGACUACUCUCGGCGCGGUGCCUUCCAUCUAGGUCAGGAGGGGCUGCUUGUUUCCAACAGGGAGUUUGAGCGAUGGAAGGCCUGGGUCCACCACUACACCCACCAUCUGAUCUCCCGGCGGGCCAGCCUGCUCACGCUAAAGGCCAGCUUCGACCUGGGAGACCGCUGCAACAAGUGGAGCGAACUGCUGAGUCACCUGCUGGAUAACGUCCACUGCAGAGACCUCAGCCAUCUGGACCUCAACUGGACCUUUACCCUCUUUGAGCCACUGGACCUAAGAGUGCACUCCAGCUCCAGUUCACACCAGGACAGCAUAACCAAGAUGGACCAGGUGACCAGCUUUCAGGAGCUGCUCGGCAAACUCACCCACAGCUGCCCGCGAAUUUCCAAGAUGCGUUUACAUUUCGACUGGUCGGAUCUGUCUGUGUCCCUGCUCACCCGGUUCCAGCAGCUACGAACCCUAGAGCUCAAGUACUUCUGGGUCUUCAAACUAGUGACAUCCUCCACGCUCCAGACGCUUACCAAAUCCCUGCCCAACCUAAAGUCGCUGACUUUGCACAUCCUGGUGCCUCUGAGGAACCUGGGAAUCUCGUACACGUUGGAAUCUGAGUCUCUGGAGUUCCUGGACGUCUCGCCCAGUCGUGGUUUGGUCUUCUCCUGCCUGAAGCUGCCGGCUCUGAGAGAACUCCGAGCUAAGAAGAUAGUGCGAGGUAUCACGCUGGAUCGUAGGACAAGGCUUCGGAUCCAGAGCAGGUGGCCUUGUCUGUACCAUGUCCUCCAGCAGGGGACGCCAAAGCUUCAGACCCUGAACAACGAGAGGCUCCUUCCUACGUGGAGGGAGAAGAGCUAUGGAGAGCUGACCGCCAUCCUGGAACAGUCCUGCUACUGUGUGCAGCAUCUAGACAGCUGGCUGUGGUAGUCAGCUGACUGAGACCGAAGAUCCGUCUGUGUAUUGUAAAUUCCAGCCAAAGCAAAACACUGUUUUACUCCCCUCAUUGUUGCUUUUAGUCCAACAAACUGAGGACACAGAAGUUGUUUGUUGCUGCAGAGGAAAAAUAGGAUGUGACUGCAGGAUCCUCCCAGUUCCUAAACUGGAAUCUGCUCUUUGUGUAAAAACACACGUAGGAUUGAGGCAAUGAUGCACAGCGGCUUUGUAAUCAUUUGUUCGAUAAUCUGCAAAAAGCAACGGUGCUUCUUUCUAUCGGGCUCUGCUGCUGCACUGGUUAGGAAACGAGCAGAGCCACAAGUACGUGGAUCAGGACUGAAUGAAGAAUAAUAUCGCCAUUAUUUAGCUGGAAACUUUCUAAACCUUUUGUUGUCAAGGAAAAGAACAGUGAAGAAUAAAGGCAAAAUAUUUUUGGGAUUGUUUUUUCAUCCAAGAUGAAACUUUAUGCUUUCAUGCAUGAACUUUGAAUUCAGUUGAAUAUUUAUAAAAAAAAUAUGGUAAAAAUGAAAAUCAUCAGUAAUAAUAUGGUUCUCUUAGUCAUUUAGGUUGUAAUCUCCACUGCUUUGAUGGUGUUUCCAUAGGAUUACAGUCAGAAAUUAAGGGGGGGGGGGGAUCAAAAUUUUAGAAUAAAUGUUUUUUUAACAAGUUAUUUUUGCAGUCAAAAAAAUUUGACAUUUCAGGCCCAAUUUUUAAGUAAUAAGGGAGCUUGGUGGGUGACUUUUACAUGUAUCUAUAUUUAGAUGACAUCCUUUGUAACUGCACUGAUCUCAAAUAUCCAUGCUUCAUUCGCAUUUUUUUAUAUUCCACUGUAGAAAAACAAACCACCUUGAAAAGUAUAUAAAAAUACAAUACAUCUACAAGCAUAGAAUUCGGUAACCAUUAUAUAAACCUUUCUCUUUUUCGUACUAUCAUAGCAUACGAAGCUUAACUUUACAUCUAUUAACAUUACUGUCUUUGUUUGUAAAAACCAGUUGCAGAAUGAGGGAGCCCCCCCGCUGUUUUCUGUUUGGCUUACUUAACUUUCAGUCCUGCUUCAGGAGCACUGUUAUGUUUUUUAAGCAAAUUAUUUAAACUCAACAAAUUCAUAAACACGCUAGGAAACAUGUUACAAACAUUUGACAUACCUGAGCAUAGGAUAAUACUCAAAAAAAGUGAAUGUUUAGACGAGUAGAAACAGCAACUAGCCUGGGUUGCCAUGGCAAUAGGAAACAAACAGCAGGUAUGCGCCCGUUACAUCCUACUCUAUUAUGUUGUGUUAACCCCGAGAAAAUUAUUUAGGACCAGGAUUCAAAAGGCAGAACAAAAACACAGCUGAUCCACAGUUGAUUUUGAUUAUUUUUAAUUUGCAGAGCACAUCCUAAUAGAUUCACUACUUUGAACUGAAAAAGGCUGCUGUGCUGUUCGUUUGGCCUGUAGAUUCUUCAAGAUCAGGUUUAGAUUCCCCCCAAAAUUUCCACUUUUAAUGUUUAAAUUUUUACAAUAAAGUAAAAUAAAGAAAAUUGAUCACAAAUUGUGCUUUAUCAAGUUGUAUUUAGUGUGGUCUUAUACAGUGAUGAAAUUUUUAGAACAGAACUCAUCCCAAUUAGAAUGGCCUUGGUAUAUUUCAGGGAGAAAAGCUAAUUAAUUUAAACGUUACAAAAAAGUUCUCUCUUUUUUUUUUUUUUAAAUUAAAAACAUUUUGCUCCUUUUUCUUAAAAAAUAUACAGUAUCUAACAAUUCUCCAAAAUAUUUUGCCUUUCUUCUGCCAGUUUCUCCAGACUAAGCCAUCUAAACUUUGAACCGUGACAUGUCCUGUGCUAUAAAAUUAAUGUUUGUCUGAUUGUUUAGAAGAAAUACAGUUAUAUUUAUCUCCAGAUAUGUGAUGGAGAAGCAUUAGAGAAGUUUGCACAAAAAAGAUGAGGUCAAAGUUAAACAUGCAGUAAAUAUUUAGGACUGAAAAUUGCUGUAAGGUAAUGUUGAAGUGGGCUUUGUAACUAAAGCCGCAGAGCAGCUCCAGUCUGAAAAUGAGUUGAAAACUGUUUGUGUGUUUUUGCUCCCUGACUCUGCUGCUGAAUACUGUAAACUGUUUGCUGUUAAGCUGGUGUAAUUCCAAUCACAGCCGGCCAGGAAUGCAAAGUGAGACUUAAUUCCGGUGCUGGGCCACAUUGUUCAAAAUUGCUGGUGCUCCUUUACAGUUUGUUUUGUUUGUGCCGUUCCUCCUGCAGCAAAGGGAGCCAGCAGGGUUUUGAAGUAUUUGUUUUGAUGGUGUUUGACUGAAGAACUCCCGCAGCUCUUGAUUUUGCAGACAUUUUGCACAUUUCUGUUGCCUUCAUGGAAAGUUUUAUUCAGGAAGAGGGCGACGCAUCACAUUCCAGCUUUUCGAGACUCUUUGCAGAGAAAUCCGAUCAGUUUAAUCCGCAGUUUUCCUCCAGGUCAGCAGGUGUCCCCAUUUUCAAAGAUUUGGUCGUGAAGAUUUCUGUGUUUACUGCUGCAUUGUGUGACACGGUGGGCUUUUAGGUAUUUAAUGUGUGUGAGAGCAGCUUGACAUUUUUCAUCUUUGCUCUGUUGUGGUCAGGUUUCUUUCCCAGCCAAGCACACCAGUGUCACUUCAAAUUUGCAGAAUGAUAUGACUGACAAGCCUUUUUCCGUUUCUGAGAAUUAAUUUGUCCUUCACACAAGCAGGAGGUGCUCACAUUUGCACAGAUGUUGUAAAAUCUGGUCCUCUUGUUUUUAAGAAUAAAAAGACUGGCCUUCCAGGGG